AUGAGAUGGGACAAAUGGAGUGUGUGCGCACGCAGAGGAACAUUCGCAGCUAUCAACGGGAGUGGUGCAGUUAUCAACGGGAGUGGUGCAGUUAUCAACGGGAGUGGUGCAGCUAUCAACGGGAGUGGUGCAGUUAUCAACGGGAGUGGUGCAGCUAUCAACGGGAGUGGUGCAGCUAUCAACGGGAGUGGUGCAGCUAUCAACGGGAGUGGUGCAGCUACACCUGGAAAGAGAGGGAGGGGAGAUCCACCUCACUCCACCUCACCGCAUCCCCUCUCACCAUGCGGCAGUGAUGGCGAGCUGGUGCAGCUUUGCCUGGAAGUGCACGUUCAGCUGCCACUCGAGGAACACCAUGAGUGGUUCUGUGAGCAGAGAGAAGGAGGGGAGAUCCACCAGCACAGCGCACACUAA